AUGGAUGUUCAAUUGUAUUACUACCUGGCGUUUUCCUUAGUUGCCAUAUUCUUCAAUCUUCUUUCAAUAUCAAGGAAAGGGCAGCCUUAUCCAAAAUCAUUUCCCCUAAUUGGUUCCUCAUUGGAAUUCAUCAGAAAUCGUCAUCGUAUUAUCCUAUGGAUUAGUGAAAACUUUGACAAGUUAUCAACCUCCACAUAUUUACUUGAAGGUCCGUUAGGUCUAAAUGUAAUAUUCACUACAAACCCCUCAAAUGUCAAGCAUAUCCUCAAGACUCGCUUCAAUAUUUACCGCAAAGAAAGUACACUAACAUCAGCUUUAUCAGAUUUAUUCAGGAAAGGCCUCUUCCUUGUUGAUGGUGCCGAAUGGAAUUCUCAAAGACAAUUUAUCCGACACGAUUUCAAUCUAAAAAUGUUCCCUGCUUAUAUAUUUGUAACAGAGAAAGAGCUCUCGCGUCGUCUUUCACCUUUUCUAAGUACAGUAGCCAAGGGAAAAACUACCAUUGUCGAACUUCAGGACAUGUUUCGUCGCCUGACGUUUGAUUUGGCAUGUCAGCUUGGGUUUGGUUUUGAUCCUGAAUAUUUAUUACCGUCUUUGCCAGCAACUCCAUUUGCAGACGCUUAUGAAACAGCUGUGAAAAUUUGCAUAAGAAGAGUAAAUACCUUACCUCUCAUAUGGAAAGCUACAAAGAAGCUUUUCAACACUGGUCAGCCGAGUGAUGCAUGGGGUUCAGAUUGGGCUGAUUUCCGUCCAGAAAGAUGGUUGGAGAAAAGUGCUGGCAACACAGGACGUAAUUUCACAUAUCCAGUGUUUCAAGCAGGGCCAAGGACUUGUCUUGGAAAAGAUAUUGCAAUCAUGCAGAUGAAAAUGGUGGUUACCACUGUCCUAAAGCGCUUUCGGGUUCUGCCCGCUGAGGACAACUUUUCUCCAAAUUAUGAUGCAUCUAUGACAUCGAAGAUGAAAGGUGGCUUUCCAGUAAGAAUUCUAGAGCGUCAUUAG